CUGAUUGGCUGCAGGCCAGGCUUCGAAACCGCCACUGGAAAGGAGCCCGACGCAACUCUCUUUUCUCCUUCUCCCCCACUCCCCACCCCCGCCGCGGUCCUUUCCCUGCGCAUGCGCGGCAGGGAACGUGGGGCUGGACGCGUGUGUGGGCGGGGCUGCGGGGGGCGGGGCGGGGCCGUUGGGGCCCGCCCGUGCCUCACUUCCCCGGCGCGAGGCAGGGCAGCUGCUGGGCUGUGCUCGGAGCGUGGUGCGGGGCGGCACGAGUCGGGCCGGCACUGGCUCUACGACUCCCUCUCGGCGCGUGCCCUCGCUCUGGACAGCGCCCGCCGUCCGCCAGGGGCCCGGCCCGGCGCGGCGCGGUGCGGCGCGGGACGGGACGGGGCAGCCGGGACGGUGCCUGGCCGCCACGACGCGGCGUCGGCCGCGGGCGCUGAACGGGAGGGCGCCCGGUGGGGUGGGGAACUCGGGCGCCGGCGCCUGAUCUCGCUGUCGGCAGCUGCUACCGGACGGGGACGGGGCCCGGACGUGCAGCUCGGACCCCAGAUGGCCAAUUCCACGAACGGCCGGAACCCAGGUGGCCGAGGAGGAAACCCCCGCAAAGGGCGCAUUCUGGGCUUCAUUGAUGCUAUUCAGGAUGCAGUGGGGCCCCCAAAGCAAGCAGCUGCUGACCGCAGGACUGUGGAGAAGACUUGGAAGCUAAUGGACAAAGUGGUAAGACUGUGCCAAAAUCCUAAACUUCAGCUGAAGAACAGCCCACCCUACAUACUUGACAUUUUACCAGAUACUUAUCAACAUUUGCGACUUAUACUGAGCAAGUAUGAUGACAACCAGAAACUUGCACAACUCAGUGAGAAUGAAUAUUUUAAAAUUUACAUUGAUAGUCUCAUGAAAAAAUCAAAACGGGCUAUUAGACUCUUUAAGGAAGGAAAAGAACGGAUGUACGAGGAACAGUCACAGGACAGGCGAAAUCUUACAAAGCUGUCCCUUAUCUUCAGCCAUAUGUUGGCAGAAAUCAAAGCUAUCUUUCCGAACGGCCAGUUCCAGGGUGACAACUUCCGUAUCACAAAAGCAGAUGCUGCUGAAUUUUGGAAGAAAUUUUUUGGAGACAAAACUAUAGUGCCAUGGAAAGUGUUCAGGCAGUGCCUUCAUGAGGUUCAUCAGAUAAGCUCUGGUUUGGAAGCAAUGGCUCUGAAGUCUACCAUUGACUUGACCUGCAAUGAUUACAUUUCAGUUUUUGAAUUUGAUAUCUUCACUAGACUAUUUCAGCCUUGGGGUUCAAUCUUAAGAAACUGGAACUUUUUAGCUGUGACGCAUCCUGGUUAUAUGGCAUUCCUAACCUAUGAUGAAGUCAAAGCAAGGUUACAGAAAUACAGCACUAAACCGGGGAGCUAUAUUUUCAGGCUGAGUUGCACUCGACUGGGACAGUGGGCCAUUGGAUAUGUAACUGGUGAUGGGAACAUUUUGCAGACUAUACCUCAUAAUAAGCCUUUAUUUCAAGCUCUAAUUGAUGGCAGCCGGGAAGGAUUCUAUUUGUACCCAGAUGGACGAAGUUAUAAUCCUGAUCUGACAGGAUUGUGUGAACCCAUGCCACAUGAUCAUAUAAAAGUUACACAGGAACAGUACGAAUUGUAUUGUGAAAUGGGAUCCACUUUCCAGCUUUGUAAAAUCUGUGCAGAAAAUGAUAAAGAUGUGAAGAUCGAGCCUUGUGGACAUCUCAUGUGCACUUCUUGUCUCACAGCAUGGCAGGAGUCUGAUGGGCAGGGCUGCCCUUUCUGCCGUUGUGAAAUCAAAGGAACUGAACCAAUAAUCGUGGAUCCUUUUGAUCCAAGGGAUGAAAACUCAAGGUGUUGCAGUAUUAUCGAUAGCUUUAGUAUGCCGAUGCUGGAUUUGGAUGAUGAGGAUGACAGAGAAGAAUCCUUAAUGAUGAAUCGCUUGGCUUCAGUGCGGAAGUGCAAUGAGAGACAGAAUUCACCUGUGACCUCCCCAGGAUCCUCUCCACUUGCACAGAGGAGAAAACCCCUUCCAGACCCUCUACAGAUCCCUCAUCUUAGUCUCCCACCAGUGCCUCCCCGUUUGGAUCUCAUUCAGAAAGGAGUAGUACGGUCCCCUUGUGCCAGCCCCACUGGUUCACCAAAGUCUUCUCCAUGUAUGGUGAGGAAACAGGAUAAACCUCUUCCGGCACCCCCGCCUCCCCUGCGAGAUCCUCCACCUCCUCCACCUGAAAGACCCCCUCCACUUCCACCAGACAACAGGAUAAGUAGACACUUCCAUCAUCCUGAAACCGUGCCUUCCAGAGACCAGCCUAUGCCCCUUGAAGGGUGGUGCCCCAGAGACGUAUUUGGGACAAAUCAGUUAGGUGGUUGUCGAAUGGUAUGUGACAGUUCCCCAAAACCAGGACUCAUUGCAAGUUCAAACAUAAAUGGAAGGCACAGUCGCAUGAGUUCUGACCCUGGAUUUCUGAGAAAACACAGACGCCAUGAUCUGCCUGUUGAAGGAGCCAAGGUAUUCUCUAACGGGCACCUGGGAAGUGAAGAAUAUGAUGUCCCUCCACGACUUUCACCUCCUCUUCCAGCUGUCUCCUUGCUCCCUAGUAUGAAGUGCCCCAUUUCUAUAUCAAAUUCCCUCUCUGAGAAAUCAAGGGAACAUGUAGCUGAUGAUGACGAGUACAAGAUUCCUUCAUCCCAUCCUGUAACCUUGUCACAACCACCUCAUUGUCAUAAUAUAAAGCCUCUUGCUCGGGUGUGUGAAAACGGUCCGUGCACUGGUAUAAUGAAUGGAACACACAGUGCCGCUUCUGAGAUGAAGAAAUCAAAGCACCCAGAGCUAGGAGAAGUCUUUGAUGCGUCUGGUGUUCCAGUACCUCUGCCCCCUGCACGACCGCCUGCCAGAGACAACCCAAAACACAACGCUUUGCUCAACAGGACGCCCUCUGAUUACGAUCUUCUGGUGCCACCUUUAGGCGAAGAUGCAUAUGACACCUCGCCACCCUCACUUCCUCCACCACCACCUCCUGCUCGUCAUAGCAUCAUUGAGCUUGCAAAACCUGGUGGCUCAGGAAGCCGACCUCCUUCAGGACAUGAACUGUUCCUUCCUCCUUCAGAUCUCCAUUUUGAUCCAGUUACUGGUCCAGCUCCUUUGCCACCUGCUCGAAGACUAACAGGGGACAAUGUCAAAACUAAUAGAACAUCCCAAGACUAUGAUCAGCUUCCAUCCUGUUCAGAUGGUUCACAAGCACCAGCCAGGCCCCCUAAACCACUUCCUCGCAGGACUGCACCAGAAAUACACCAUAGGAAAGCCGACACCUCCAUGGAAAAUGUGGACGCAAAAAUUGCAAAACUUAUGGGAGAGGGCUUUUCCUUUGAAGAAGUUAAACGGGCACUUGAGAUAGCCCAGAAUAAUGUUGACGUUGCUCGUAGUAUUUUAAGAGAAUUUGCCUGCUUUCCUCCGCCAGUCUCCCCACGUCUCAAUCUAUAGCAACAUGAAAGUCCUUGCAGCAGAUGAAUUCCAUGUACGUGCUUGUGGAUCUGGGAGUGAGAAAAUGGAGAGAUGGAAUUCGAGAGGCAUUUUCUUCUCCUGUCAUCAUUAGCAAGCAGUCUGCUUGCAGCAGUUUAUCAAAUGAAGAUGACUGCUCUAAUCAAGACUUACAAAUGGGCUGAAGCUUACGUAUUUUUGCUAGCCAUACUUUUUAAAUCAGGGUUGAACUGACAAAGUAAUUUAAAGAAGUUUACUUCCCUUGAACUUUCAAUCUGUGAAAUGCUUUUUCUUGUUUACAAGUGGGCAAGUUAAAAGUUUUCUAGUUGACUCCUGUACUGUGUUCCUGUUCAGAGUCAGUUCUGCUGUAGCAUUCCCAACAGUUUCCAUGUUGACUGCCCUAACAAUUAAAUCAUCUUUUUUUCCAGAAGCUCCACAUUUCCAUGUCUACUUUUACAAGAUGCUUUAAAGAUUUUUGCAUUUCAGCUUAUCAAACAAAUGCAAAAAAAUACGUGGCCUUCACUACUGAGUUUUUUCUGAGAUUCCUUUGCUUUUGAGAGAGGAAAAAACCUGAAUGUAUAAUGCAUUAUUUUGUCUUUGAACUGCCUUUUUAAAGGUAUUUUGACAGUGAGAUUGGGCAGCUUUUCUUCUUAACAUGGUUUUGUGACCUGUAUCUUAAACACAUAGGUCUUUAUCCACAUAGUUUCUGCAGUUGAAUAAAAAAAUCCCAUGUCAGUCAUGUUACUAAAUCAUGACACUUGACAACUCUUUAAAACUUAAGGAGUAUUAAGAAUUCAGAUGUUUAAAAACAAACCAAAUGCAUAUGUUCAUGUUGUACUUACGUUGGAUACUGAGGGCAGGCCACUAGUUAUAGUUUAAGUAUUCUCAGGCAUGCUGAAUAAUAGGGAAUCUUGUUACAUAAUCUUCAUGAUGUUCAGGUAAAUUACAGUCCUGCAAAAUGGAAUAAAGUUAACUUCCUAUUUGAGUGAUUAGCCUCUGGUUCAUCACAGCUUGGAUUGGUUCAUAUUAACAUGGGAACUUUAAAUCUUUGAUGCACUGUUAAGUCCUAAUACUACUGUAGCAAUAUUUUUUUGCAAAUCUCUUUAGUAAUUCCCUCUUUCUACACUGUUAUGUUAGAAUGUGUUUAAUACCCAGAUUCAUUCACUCAUUACUUCUGCUUGGAAGCAUCAUAGAUUUUUUUCCCUUGGGUGAAUUUGUUACCUUGGGCUGUAAGUUUGGGGGUUUUUUGUUUUUUUGUAUUUUUUUUUUAAGCACAGAUUGAUGCAAACCAAACCUUGCUCUUUGUUGAGGUCUGUUCUUACUACAGCAUUGAAUUAAGAGUCCAAAUAUUUCCAGAUUAAUUCCUGUUUUGCUGCUUUCCUGUUUUUGUGGAAACUGUUGAAGUCAUCUUUUCCUCCCUUACUGUUGAAAAGAUGAGCCAUGUGGGAAACAGAAUAGUUUCCACUUUUUGAAAUGUGGCCAGUAUAUGAGACCUUUCAGGUUAUGCUAAACUUGGAUUGAGAUACCUAUAUAUUGUUCCCAUUCAUCUUUCAGUUUUAUCUUUCACUCAAAGCAAGUGGAAGAAGUUUUAUACCCUUUAAAGGGCAAGAUCUUAACAACAAAUGUAUUUAUUUUAAAGAUGCCAACCAACUCAAGUUCAGAAUUCAAAGUCACAGAAAAUCUAGUGGAAAUCACCAUUGUAUCUAGAUCUCCUUCAUUUCAUCAAAAGCUUACUCCCCCAAAGGAGAAACAGCAAAAGAAUUUUUCUGUCACAAAGCAUGACAUGCCCAUCAUGAAUCUGUCUAGUGAAACAAGAUGAUGAGAGGUAUUUGAGCUAAAGGAAUGAUCUUCUAUUUCAUUUCAAUCUAAGAAAUGGUUCUGAAUUUCUGUUCUAGAAAAGGGCUGUUACAGCUUUCUUAAAAUGUUCAUUCUUUAGAUAGUGAUAAGUGAAAGCUUUUGGCUCAAGUUUUCCUCUGUACUCUUCUGUUUUGUGGAACAAAAUAUGCUGUUUCGACUCUCUUGUUCAGUGGAUUGUUUCCUGCUUCAUAUUGAUAAUGCUUCUGAAUUUCAGCCCAAUACAAAUUCAGAAUGAUACACGCUCUUAAGUUAAAUGCUGCAAUUUUGCUAGAAUUGUUUAAUUAUAGUUCUAACAUAGCUGUCAGAAUAGCAGUGAUGGGGGUGUGUGGAAAAAGAACAUGCUAUAAGACAAGCAGUCUGAAGACCAUGUUUUCAAAUUUCUAAUGAUAAUGGUUAACCUUAGUAUGGAUUCUAUAUCUUUUUUUUUUUAAUUUUAUGCAGGAGCUUAGCACACAUUAAACCAUUGUUGCAGUUAAGAAGCAAGAACUACUGUCAUUUAAAAGGUUUGAAAAUCACUUCCUCCCCCAACAAAAUCUAUUUUCCCUCUUUCUUCCCUUCUUCCUUAGUAGCAGUCAGAGUCUGACUGGCAAGGGGGUUUUUUUGUGUGUUUUUGAAAAUCUCAGUAAGGUAGUACCAUAAACGUCAGCUUCAUCUUCUCAAAGUAUUCCAUUAAUCUUUAAAUGAGAGUAUUAAUCAGACUUUCUUAAAUAGUAUAUCAUGAAAGAUGCCUCUGACCCAUUUCAGUUAAUAGGUAUAAAGUCAAAUUGAGUGAAAAUGCUUUGCUAGACUGUUGAUGUUUACUUCACAGGAAUUAAUGAGUAUAGGCAAGAUUACUUUAGCUACAUCCUGGUUCCCUAAAACAUCUCCAACUUUGCUUUGGAAAUUAAGGGUGUGAUGCUGCCAGCAUGAAUGCACAUGGAAGUGAAAAUGGCUUCAAACCAGAAAAAAUGGUUUCACAAGCAACACCUACAAAUUUUUUUCCUUCCUUAAAGAGUUGUCCAAAGGCCUUUGUCCUUGUAUCUGUUUGCACCUGACCUCUUUUGCAUUUAUUUCUUUGGAUGCUAAAUUAAUUUUUUUUAUCAAGAUUUUCUGACUCAGCAGUUGAGUAAUAUCAUGGUUCCUUUCCAAAGAUGCUAAGCAAAAAUUGAAACUGUGCUAAAACAAAUUAAUUCUAUGUCAUGAAUCAUACAGGUGAGUUGGCUGGAACCCUAAAGUGCCCACUAGUUCAGUGUAUCAACAUUUCACAUCCCAAAUGCACAUUUGGCAAAAACUUCUUUAUAAUGUGAACUUAGUUUUUUAUACCGGAAUCAUUCUUCUGUUCUAUUUCACAUAUUUUCAGCUUGAAGCUUUACUUUGCACUGAUUAUCCUGACCUGGUAAACAUUUUAAUUUGUCUCUUAAAGCUUGACAAAUUUGGAAACAGAUGAACAGUGCAUUUUAAACAGAUUCAGGUACUGCCUGUUGACCUGGAAUAUAGUGCUUCUAGGAAUGAUCUCCUGAAAAGGAUUGCAAUAGUUUCCAUUUUGAAGGUUUUUCUUCCAAAUAACUAUUUUAUCUGAAAAUGCCUUUUAUAAACUUGUCUAACAUGUGGCAGACAUAGUGAUAUGUUCAAUUAAUUUAUAUUUUAUUCAAUGUUCUUUUUCAAUUCUGGUUAUUAUGUAACCUCAAGUACUUUAUCUGUUCUUGUAAGGUAUUUUAUAAAAUUAAUGUUAACAGAA